CAAGAACGGAAAGAAUGAAAGAAUUCGGGUUUCCAACAUCCAAAAGAAGCCACUUUGAGGUAUCUUUUUAUAAUAGACACUAACUCAAACGUUAUCAAAUAAUAAUGAAGAUCAAAUUCUCAACUCUGAAAAAAUGUUAAGUCAAUCGUCGCAGCCAUUUUGUAUGAUACAAAUUUCAUUGAAAAAAUAGUUUACAGUGUCGUCGCCAAAGUGAAAGAACUAGUUGAACCGUUAAUGGGUAUACAAGAUGAAAAACUUAGCGAACUUAAAGAUCAAAUUACUCAAUUAGAAGCAAGUCUAACUGAUCAAAAUUUAUUUGUCUCUAAACUUGAAAACAAUGUGAAGAUAUUGAAAGAUAAAUCAAAUCAUCUGGAACAGUAUGGGCGGCUUGAUAAUUUACGAAUUCAUAAUGUUCUAGAAAUACACGAUGAAGAUGUGCUCAAUAUUGUCAUGAAUUUCGCGACGCAAAUGAAAGUCGAAUUACAUUCACAUUCAAUAUCCGUCUGUCAUCGUACUGGACAAGCUAAAAAGAUAAACUAA